AUGAGUCUUUCAACAGCAAUUGCAACUUGGGGUCACACCCAUUAUGCCUUUUGUGACGUUGGAAAUAACGGCAGAUCCAGUUCUUGCUCCACCAGAUUCUUGCAUGAUCUGAAGGUGAAAUUUUCCAAGAAUUCUUCUCUUUCUGUCUCAGCUGUUCUUACAGAGAAGCAAACAGAGGAACACAAGAUCAAGAAACAAGCAAUGGAGUUCAAAGAGUACGUUCUUGAAAAGGCUAAAUCUGUGAACAAGGCUUUGGAUUCUGCUGUCUUGUUAAGGGAGCCGGUCAAGAUUCAUGAAUCUAUGAGGUAUUCUCUUCUUGCUGGUGGGAAAAAAAUCCGACCCAUGUUGUGUAUAGCUGCGUGUGAGCUGGUUGGUGGGGUUGAGUCAAUAGCUAUGCCAGCCGCUUGUGCUGUUGAGAUGAUUCAUACUAUGUCUUUGAUUCAUGAUGAUCUUCCUUGUAUGGAUAAUGAUGAUCUUAGAAGAGGGAAACCAACAAAUCACAAGAUUUAUGGCGAUGAUGUGGCUGUUUUAGCAGGGGAUGCACUUCUUGCAUUAGCCUUUGAGCACAUUGCUACUCAAACAAAAGGGGUUCCUUCUGAUAGAAUUGUGAGGGCGAUUGGUGAGUUAGCGAAGUGUAUUGGUGCUGAUGGACUUGUAGCUGGACAGGUUGUAGAUAUAAUUUCUGAGGGCAUUUCUGAUGUUGAUUUGAAGCAUCUGGAGUUCAUUCAUUUGCACAAGACUGCAGCUUUAUUAGAAGGGUCUGUUGUGCUAGGGGCUAUCUUAGGGGGGGCAACAGAUGAAGAUGUGGAGAAGCUAAGGAAGUUUGCAAGAUGUAUUGGGUUGUUAUUUCAAGUUGUGGAUGAUAUUCUUGAUGUCACAAAGUCUUCUCAGCAAUUGGGGAAAACAGCUGGGAAGGACUUAGUUGCUGAUAAGGUAACUUAUCCAAAGUUGAUAGGUAUUGACAAGUCUAGGGAGUUUGCUGAGGAGUUAAACAGAGAUGCAAAAGCUCAGCUUGCUGGAUUUGAUCAAGAGAAAGCAGCUCCAUUGUUUGCUCUUGCUAAUUAUAUUGCUUACAGAGAGAAUUAAAUUGUAACAACAGAAUUCUCAGUGAUUCCUUAUAGUAUUAAACAAUGAGAAUAUGAAUUUAUGGUCAAA